UGCAGCAAGGUGUGACACUUCCAAGAAACAGGGAAACCCCAAAGCAUAACAAAGCAAGAAGAGCUGCUGUCUAACAUUGGCUCCACUUGAGUCCAUUUUCUGCGUUUUCUUGUGACAAUUUGAAGAUGAGGUCGCAGAUCCAGCGAGUGCCUCAGAUCGUUGAGCUGCUGAAGAAGAAGUCGGUGGGACUGCAGCACUUCAAACCCACAUCCUCAGUGUGCGUCCUGGAGGAGAAGGAUGUUGUGGAGCCUGCGCAGUGUCCUUACGCUGCCUCCACGACGCACAGCCUGGACGCGAUCCCAGGACCCACCAAUUGGCCUCUGGUCGGCAGCUUGUUUCAGCUGCUGCGCAAAGGAGGUCUGACAAGACAGCACGAAGCACUGGUUGAUUAUCAUAAGAAGUUUGGUAAGAUUUUCCGGAUGAAGCUGGGCUCUUUUGAGUCGGUGCACAUUGGCGCACCUUGCUUACUGGAGGCGCUCUACAGAAAGGAGGGAAGUUACCCUCAGCGGCUGGAGAUCAAACCCUGGAAAGCAUACAGAGACCUGAGAGACGAGGCGUACGGACUGCUCAUCCUCGAGGGUGAAGACUGGCAGAGAGUGAGGAGCGCUUUUCAACACAAACUCAUGAAACCCACGGAGGUGGUGAAGCUUGACAGGAAGAUCAACGAGGUGUUGGUGGAUUUCGUUGGCAGGGUUGGGAAAGUGAACGUGAAUGGGAAGAUUGAAGAUUUGUACUUCGAACUGAACAAAUGGUCGUUUGAGACCAUUUGUCUCGUCCUCUACGACAAGAGGUUUGGUCUUCUGCAAGAAGAAGUCAACAAGGAGGCCAUGAACUUCAUCACAGCUGUGAAGACUAUGAUGAGCACAUUUGGCAUGAUGAUGGUCACACCAGUGGAGCUGCACAAGAGCCUCAACACCAAAACAUGGCAGGACCACACUGCAGCGUGGGACCGCAUUUUCAGCACGGCCAAAGUCUGCAUCGACCGGAGGUUGAAGAGGAACGCUGCGAGAGCUCCCGAUGACUUAAUCGGUGACAUCCUACACCACAGCAGCCUUUCGAAGAAGGAGCUGUACGCAGCCAUCACAGAGCUGCAGAUCGGCGGGGUAGAGACGACUGCCAACAGUAUGCUCUGGGCUAUUUUCAACCUGUCACGUAACCCUGGUGCUCAGAAGAGGCUGCUGGAUGAGAUUAGAGAGACGGUGCCUCCUGAACAGGAUCCAUGUGGAGAGCACAUCAAGAGCAUGCCCUACCUGAAAGCAUGCCUCAAGGAGUCUAUGAGGUUAUCACCAUCAGUUCCAUUCACCAGUCGGACCCUGGACAAAGACACUGUGUUGGGAGAUUAUGCCAUUCCCAAAGGAACAGUUUUAAUGAUAAACAGCCACGCGCUGGGCUCCAACGAGGAGUACUUUGACGAUGGCAAGCAGUUCAAACCCGAGCGAUGGCUGCGAGAGAACAACAACAUCAACCCCUUUGCCCAUGUUCCCUUUGGCAUCGGCAAGAGGAUGUGCAUCGGCCGGCGGCUGGCAGAGCUACAGCUGCAGCUAGCCAUGUGCUGGUUGGUCAGAGACUAUGAGAUUGUGGCAACAGAUAACGAGCCGCUCGACGUGAUCCACUCGGGACUGUUGGUUCCCCAAAGAGAACUGCCGGUCGCCUUCAUCAAGAGAUGAAGAGGCUCCAUAUUCAACUGUUCUGGAUCCAGUGACAGAAAGAUGAUGCUUCCGUCGCCAUGUGACUCCCUAUAUUGCUGCUCUGUAAAUAGAACAAAAAGAGACAUUUGACAUUUUUACACAUAUAAUCGUGCCUUGAAUACCUCAAACUUAUUUUAAGUAUUACUUUUGACUGUUAAUGACUGACCAAAGUACCAGUUGUUAUGUACAAACUGAAUGUUGUACGAAGGCAGCUGUCCUUAAAUCUCUACCUAGAUGUCAAAUUGUUGUGCGUUUUCUUCUGUCUCAUGUUUAUUGUGUACAUAAAGUGCAUUUGUAAUAUUGUAAUAAUGUAUAUUGUACUUGUAGAAGUCUAUUUUAUUCACUCAUAUUAAUAAAUGCUUUAAAGACA